AGGGCAGUGUCGCGGAAGUUAUCGCUGGACAUUUACUUUGAAAAACGCAAGGCAGUCGUCUUCCUGUUUAGCGGUCUGACUUCACCGUCGAUUCAUGUGCGUGAAAGACAAACUAUCCAUGAAGCUGUAAGAGGUUGUGCAGUGUCGUCCAUAAAGUUGAGCAACACGUGCAACACUCUGAAACAAGGAAAAUAAAAGUGGUGUAUGGUGCUGGCAGCAGCUGGACCCGCAGCUCUGGAAAAUGUUCGCCUUCUCGGUUCUUGGAGAGCAAAAAAGAAUGUGUGGAGAAUAACCAGCAGGAAACUUGGAGCAAGAAUUAUGAUGUUUUUGCUGGUUUGUGAAUCAUCUUGUUUACCGGGUUAGAUGAGGUCAAAAGAAAAGUAUAAAUCUAGAGGAGGGUCAUAUGGAUACACACACACAAAAAAAGGAAAAAAAGGGCAUCCCAAAAGGAGGAGGUGAAACAGAGAAAAUAAGAGUCUGGCAACGAUAUAAAGACUGGAAAUGAGAGACAGAGUCUCCAGCCUAAUGGACGCCUCAACCAUUUACCUGAUGGUGACGCUUACCUUAUCUGUCCUUCCACUUCCUCAAACAGCUUUGGGAGGCAGAGCUCAGCGCAAACAGCGACAAGCUGAAGAAACUCUCAGACCGUACUUUGGCAGAGUAGAGCCUGAAAAACUUUGUGAGCUUUUAAAGUGCCACAGCCCAGUGGGCUCCUGGUGUCAGGUAGUCUCAGAGAACGGAAUCCCUCAACCUAAGUGUGUUUGUCCUCAGUCUUGUCCACGGCAGAGGGAACCAGUGUGCAGUGUUCUAGGGAAAACCUAUGGGAAUGAAUGCUUGCUUCACAAAGAAGCCUGCAGAAAGAGACGUCGCAUAGGGCUGGCCCACAUGGGAGCCUGUCUGGUCUCCAAGAGCGAAUGCACUGAGGAGGAGUUAGGCCAGUUUCCAUUUCGUCUGCUGGACUGGUUCCUGCUCCUGAACCGGAUGGGAAAGUCCUAUGUACCUGCAGCUCUGCCCCAGAGCUGCCUCAGCUACGCCCAGAGGACCCAGCUGGCGCAGGAAAGAUUCAGCUUGUUGGACAAAAACAAAGAUGGGAAGUUAAGCCGGAGGGAUCUGAAAAAGCUGCAGUACAAGAGGAUGCCAAUGGAGCAUUGUGCAGAGCCGUUUUUCAAGUCAUGUGACCGGAACAAGAACAGGAAGGUGACCCUGAAGGAGUGGACGAACUGCCUGGUGGAUCGCUCAGAGGACUGGUUCUAUCAUUUCAUGUCGGUGAAAAUGGGCUCCCCCAAGCUGUGCAUCAAAGGCAGACAAGAGAAGCAGCCAUAAACGUCAACUUUUCUCCUCCAUCUCUGCGGUGCAGCGAGUUUAUGAAAUCAUUUAUUGAAUACGGUUGUUGUUCAAUGUACAUUUAUAUCUCAAAUGGGACAAUUAAAUGUCUGAGCAGGCUGGCUCCCAAUUGCAUUUACUGCUAAUUACAUUUGGUGCAAAUAUGUUGUAAAAGAGCGGUGGACAAAAGGCAAUAUUGAAACCAAAUGAAUGCGGCAUGCUUUGAAUGACUAAUUAAAAGGGAGAAUCAUAGGAGAGCAGACAGAUGGACUGAAACACAGAGGCAGACAAAGUAGUUGGGAAAGAAAGAUUACAGAGAGGAGAAAUGCUGAGUGGGAUGUGAUGUCACCGGAGGAGAAAACAAAGGAAUGAUAAAGGGGUGGAGAAAGUGGAAAAAAUGAAGGAGGAAGGGACCGAAAGGAGGGAGAAAGUGUGUUUGUGAAGGCGUAAUGCACUGUAAAUGGAAGUUGAGAGUAAUGGAGUAAUGCAUAAAAAAUGGAUCAGAAAUGAGGGAAAGAUGGAGAACAUAGAGUGUGGGGAGGGGAGGGACGGCUGCAAAAGCAGGGGGGGACCGAGGAGAAGAUGAAACUCAAGAAAGAAGCACCCGGCUUGAUCAGUAAAUAAGAUCUUAGAGAGUGAUGCAAAAUAGAUGAAACACUUUGCCACUGUCAAACUCAGAAAAAAAAAUAAAACCGCGCAUAAUGCUGGGUUGCUGACUUUUUGAGUGCACGCCAUCAAUAAAACAGGCAGCUCCUAAAACUCUUGUUGCAAUUUAUCUAUUUGGGUGUUGAUGUGGAGGCUUUGAUUUCUCCAGGAGGGUGUGCGUGUCCUGCAGAGGACUUCUUAGGGUGGCUGACUAAUUAGCCUGCAACUAAAAUAUGAAGUGUGCAAAAAUAAAAAAUAUUAAAAAGUGUCUACACUUUAGAUGUGAGGGAAAGCAGCAGCAGCAAGCAGCAUCCUCUCCAAAAUGUGCCAAAACAAGAUUUUUUAUCCUUUAGAAGUUUUGAUGAAGUGGAAUAGAGAACUGGAGAGAUGUUCUAUGUUGAAAACAGGAGCGGAACUACUAGGGGGUUAAGGGGGGCUAUUAAGAAAAAAAUGCCCCCAAAUUUUUGAGUCAAUGUUAGUCACAUUAUUAAAAAAA